AGACGUCUCAGUCAGUUCGCCGUGUGGAGACAGCUCGGACGGAGGGGAACGGAGCCCACUCGUGUGAAUGUUGUGCGUGGAUCACCACCAGCGCGCCGCAGCCUGCCCGCCCCAUGCGCACGCGUCUUCCGCCCGACGCGGGGGUUGUUUUUGUUAGUGUUGUUGCAUGUCAGGAGGCUCGGAGCUGCUGUCCGCCGGCUCUGCGGCUGUUUUUCUGCGCACACCGUGCCCCCUCCCUCCUCCUAUGGGACUCUAAUUAAUCGGAGGCAUGUGGACUCACACCAGGAUUAGACAUCGCUUCCUAAUAGUGUGCCUGCUGUUGACGUUAUGGGCCAAGGCGUCCCAGUCAACAGGCUAUUUCGAGCUGCAGCUGAUCUCCGUUGAGAAUGUGAACGGCGAGUUGGCGAGUGGGGAGUGCUGCGAUGGCACCAGGAGCUCCGAGGAGGAUCUGCGCUGCUUGGAGGACGAGUGUGACACUUACUUCAAGGUGUGCCUCAAGGAGUAUCAGGUGGACAUCACCACUGGGGUACCCUGCACGUACGGAGCUGGAUCUACGCAAGUUCUUGGUGGAAAUAUGUUGAAUUUUCAUAAAGCAAAGAACAAAAUCAAUGUCGCUGGCAAGAUUGUGAUCCCCUUCCAAUUUGCAUGGCCGCGGACGUACACGUUAAUCGUUGAGGCCAGGGACUGGGAUAACACCACCCGGAACAAUGACGACGAGCACCUGAUCGAGCGCAGCGCUCAGACUGGAAUGGUGAACCCUGGUGACCCCUGGAAGACCGUCCACCAUGAUGGGCCUGUGGCUCGCAUCAUCUACCGUGUCUGGGUGCGCUGUGACGAAAAUUACUACGGCAACAAGUGCAAUAAACUGUGCGUUCCUCGUGAUGACUACUUUGGCCACUAUCACUGUGAACCGUCAGGCACCCAGGUUUGCCUGCCUGGUUGGAUGGGUCCCGACUGUAAGACAGCAAUCUGUAAGCAAGGUUGUAAUCUGCUACAUGGUGGUUGCGCCAUUCCAGGGGAAUGCAGGUGUAACUACGGCUGGCAGGGUCAGUUCUGUGAUGAAUGUGUAGUGUUCCCUGGAUGCGUCCACGGCACUUGCAACAUCCCAUGGCAGUGCAACUGCGAGAGGAACUGGGGUGGCCUGUUGUGCGAUAAAGAUCUGAAUUACUGUGGCCGCCGCCAGCCGUGCAGCAACGGAGGCACGUGCAUGAACACUGAGCCAGAUGAAUACUACUGCGCGUGUCCUCACGGCUACUCGGGCAAGAUGUGUCAGAUAGCUGAGCACUCGUGUGUUUCAAGUCCUUGUGCAAACGGUGGUACAUGCCAUGAGGGUCCCUCAGGCUUUGAGUGCCAGUGUCUGCCAGGCUGGGAAGGUCCGACCUGUGCAAAUAAUUUAGACGACUGUGCUUCCAAUCCAUGUGCCUGGGGAGGAACCUGCAUCGACCGGGAGGAUGGUUUCGAGUGCGUGUGCCCACCUGAGUGGGAAGGAAAGACCUGCCAGAUUGAUGCUAAUGAGUGUGCAAGAAAGCCGUGUGUGAACGCUAAUUCUUGCAAAAAUUUGAUUGGUGGAUAUCACUGCGACUGUUUUUGGGGAUGGUCCGGACAAAACUGUGACAUCAACAUGAAUAGCUGCCACGGUCAAUGCCAGAAUGGAGCAACCUGCAAGGAGGGCCCACGCGGUUACCGCUGCCAGUGCCCACCAGGCUUUGUGGGUUCUCACUGUGAAAUCCAAAGGAAUAAGUGUGACAGCAGACCCUGUCAGAAUGGAGGCCAAUGCCACGCUGUGUUAGGUGGCUUUGUGUGCCAGUGUCCAUUGGAGUUUGCGGGACGACUGUGUGAGAUCCGGAUCUCGUCCCCUUCGGAUGCUUGCGAUCCAAACCCGUGUGAGAACCAAGCCAAGUGCCACAGUAUGGUCCAGGACUUCUACUGCGCAUGUCCUGAGGGCUUUGAAGGAAAGACCUGCGAGCAACCCAAGGAGGACUGCAAAACCACACCUUGUCAAGUUAUCGACAGCUGCACUGUUGCCAUAGCGACUAACGACUCCACAGAAGUGCGGCACAUCUCCUCCAACGUCUGCGGACCUCGAGGGCGCUGUGUGAGCGGGCUGACUGGCAACUUCACCUGCAUCUGUGAUCCAGGGUUCAGCGGCAUCUAUUGUCAUGAGAACGUUAAUGACUGCCUCAAUAGUCCAUGUAGAAAUGGGGGAACCUGCAUUGAUGGCAUCAAUUCGUUUCAGUGCUUCUGUCCUGACGGUUGGGAAAGUGAACUCUGCGACCUCAAUGUCAACGAGUGCAGACACAACCCGUGUAAGAACGGCGGCCGCUGCGUCGACCUCGUCAACGACUUCUACUGCGAGUGUGCCGACAACUGGAAGGGAAAGACCUGCCAUUCGCGUGAGAGUCAGUGUGACGCGACCACGUGCAGUAAUGGAGGCACCUGCUAUGAUCACGGGGACACCUUCCGCUGUGCCUGCCCACCUGGUUGGGGAGGAAACACAUGCAACACAGCCAAGAACAGCACAUGCGCCUCCAGUCCUUGCUUGAAUGGUGGAACCUGCGUGGGAGGAGUAGACACCUUUACUUGCAUCUGCAAAGAGGGCUGGGAAGGACCCACCUGCAGCCAAAAUAUAAACGACUGCAACCCUCAUCCAUGUUACAAUGGUGGUAUCUGUGUGGACGGAGUCAACUGGUUUAGAUGCGAGUGCGCCCCUGGGUUUGCCGGUCCUGACUGCAGAAUCAACAUCAAUGAGUGCCAGUCUUCACCCUGUGCCUACGGCGCCACCUGCGUGGACGAGAUCAAUGGUUUCCGCUGCAUUUGUCCGCUCGGUAGAACAGGAGUCCGAUGUCAAGAAUUCAUAGGUAUUGGGAAGUCAUGUCACUACGCCGGACUGCAGUUUCCUCACGGCAGCCGCUGGGAGGAGGAGUGCAACAGCUGCUACUGUGGCAACGGAAAAGUGGACUGCACAAAGGUCCAGUGCGGUCGCCGACCCUGCCGCCUCCAGUCCUCGGACCCGGAGCAGACCGUUCAGUCGUGCCCUGCUGGACGCGAGUGUGAACCACACAGAUACCUCACAUGUUUUUCGCCGCCUUGUCAUCAGUGGGGGGUUUGCUCUCAAGCGCUCACGCAAACGACCACCAAGUGUCAGCCAAACAGUGGGCACCUGGACAACAACUGUGGCCGCAUCACACUGGUUUUCAACAAAGACAAAGUCCCACUGGGUACAACAGUGGAGAACAUCUGCUUUGAGCUGAGAUAUCUCCCUGACACCAGAACUUUGGCAAAAGACCACACUCUCCUCCUGCUGUGUGACCUUUCUCAUUCCAGUCAGGACACUGUCGAAGUGGCCAUAUCUUUCCAGCCCGAAGAUCUCGCAGACCACAGCCUGAUACAGGAGACAGCCAACACCAUAGUGGGGACCUUGUCAAAGAGGCACAACAGCAGCAUCAUGUUGGCGGUCAUUGAGGUCAAAGUGGAAACGCAGGUCACAUCCCGUUCAGUGGACUACCUGGUGCCUCUGCUGUGCGUCAUCUUCGGUUUGCUUUGCCUCUUCUGCAUCGUCGUUUGCGUUUGGUGGACUCGCAAACGGAGAAAAGAGCGCGAAAGGAACGUGCGCUUACCGGCCGACGACAGCGUCAACAACCACUGGGAGCCAGUUCCGCUAGUGGUGGGACGUCAGCAGCAGCAACAGCAGCUGCUGAAAGAGAGCAACAGGGAGGCCGAGCAAGAGCGCAAAAAGCUCAUGGAGCCCUCCUAUCGGACGUGUGAUGAUGAUGAGGAGGAGGAGGAGGAGGAGGAGGAGACGGAAGGGGAGCUAGAGCUGGAGGAAGAGAUGUGCGGAGCGGAGGCGGGAAAGCAGCCAGUUUAUAAGUACUCAAAGACUGCGGUGCCGUCGAGCGGGGGGCUGAUCUGCACUACGCGCAGUUCUAGUUCGCCCCACCGGACCCCAGGCUACAGCCCCAAAGACAACCGCUGGAAAAAUGUCAGCGCCGUCAUGACUGGCCAGAAAGACGUCAGAGACCAUUGUGUAUAAGACAUUUGAAGUAUAGACUCGCAAAGUGGAAGCGAAGCUGCGAGGCAGCCUUUCUUUGUUUUGGACUGACUACCUUUUGGAAAAAAGAGGCUUUGUGUUUCAAUAAGCCAUUAUUUGCUUUGUGAUCGUCAUAUUUCUCACUGUCACCUGACAUUUUCUUUUGAUUUCAGGCAGCACAGUGAACAUUUUUUUAUUAUUUUUUUGCUUCCGUUUGUAUUUUUCUUUAAUGAUCUAUUAAACCAAAAUGUAACAAUUUUCAGGAGUAAAAGAAGCCCGCUGCAAUUUUUGUUCGUUUAACAAAAAACAAAACCAAAAAAAACAUUUAAGAAACAAUGAAUCAUUUGAAAGGAGAACAAAAAGGCUGUAUAAUUUUUGUUUGUUUUAUAGACUGUUAUGACUUUGAGAAGUCAGCAGGCGUCUAUGAUGGGGCAGGGACACAUCCAAAUUUAAAGGUCCAAGAAGGGUUUUAUUUGGUUGUUGAAAACCCUCCCUCGGCUUUACCCUCAAGUCCGCCUGAGGCCUCACACGCCAGCCUUACCAAAAUACUCUGCUUGGGGGGAAAAAGGGGGAGAGAAACCCCAGUGCCUACUAUGUGGCCUUCAAUGAUUUUUGUCCUGUCUCUCAAUUUCCUUGGCUGAAAGCUCUGUUUGAGGAUUUCUUUUGCAGUAUUUGAGUUGGUAGCAAGUGCCUUUCUACGAGCCCGUUCGAGGCUCCGAGUCGCGCUGCCCUGUUUGACCUCCUUGUUUCCAAAUCUCAAAUGUCAACGUGUGCAUUUAAAGAGUUCCAUUUCACAGCAACGCCAUUCAAGGUAUUUGAUCCAAACAGAAGUGAUUACUCUGUACAUAUGUGUAAAUACAAAACAAUGGAGUCGCUGUGUAUAUUUGAAAUAAGUAACUUAAGACAAGUCACACAUUUUUAUUAUUAUUAUUAUUGUUAUGAUUAAUAUUAUUUUUAAAUUUUUUUUGUUGUUUUUUUUACAAUGCCAUUCCUUUUAUUUAUGCCAGUCAAAAUCGGCAAGUUUUAUAAAAUGUCCAAUAUCCAGAGUCACACAGUAAAGAACCUUUACAAUGAGGUACCACCCAUGAAGGUCUUUUUGAAGGGUUUAAAAAUGGUUUGUUGCAGGGAACCUGCGACUGUUUACUUUUUUAAAUAAUUUUUCCUGAUUUUUACUUCACUUACCAAAUCGGUGAUACUUUGCUACUAAAUUGAACAGAGAAUAAUGUUGAAUAAGGCCAACUCACUGCAGUUUGUCACUCGGUAUGACCAAUUCUGUGCUAUAUUUGUCUUGGUCAAAUCACCAUUUAAAUGUAUUUUUUUUUUGUUCUCUCAGGAUUUGGCCCAACAUAGCAGCCUUAAAGUGUUUUACCAGUGCAACACGAACCAUUUCUAAGCCCAUCAUAAACCUUUUUUGUUUCAGGUGCCUUAAUGUAUUGAGUGAUGCAUUAUUUGUGUAAUCAAUCAGUUGUCAUCAUUUUAUGUUUUUGUUUUGUUUUCACAAGUUAACUCUUUGAAACGUGUGUUGUAUUGUGGCGUGUUUUAUUCGCCUUCAUAAAGUGCUUUUCCUUGUCUCACUUUGCUUUCAUUGAGAUUUCUGGCUAAUAUAAUGACAGAAUUGAAAAGGAAGAAGGAGAAACAAAGAAAAAAAAAACUAUCCACAUUGUUUAAGUGUCAUUAAUGUGGAUAGCAGUAGGUCAAAUAUGGACAAAACUCAUUAUCUUCAUGUUUGGUUUCAAGGCUUUAAUGAAGGGAACAAUGUUUGCAGAUGCUACCUUGCAAGUGUAUUUGUUUCAGUUACCAACUCAGUCCAAAAAUGGCUCAUAUCAAAGUUUAACUCAUUUUUCAUAUGUAAGACCAUCAUGCUUUCUGUUAUGGGACACAGUAAAAAUAAAGAAUUAAAGUGGCAUCACGUGCUGGUGUAAAAACUCAA